AUGGCUUCAAGACAAUCUUCCCAUGCUGCCGAGAGCUGUUGGGGCGAAUUUGUCGCGUGCUUUGAUGGGGAGCGGAGCUUUUCCGGCCAUUCCGGCACUAGAGAGCCGCAUCCUGCCAGCUUGCACCUGUUGCUUCGGGGCUCUGAUGCUCGCCUCUGGGAGUCCGAAGAGUGGCUGCCAUUGUACCGCGACUGGUGCGACGGCAAGUCCUUCAACGCCUUGGUGAAGGGCGCAGCUUUCUACGAAGGCCCUGCCUUGGUAUUGAUCCGAACACGGGACUCUGUCCUGGGAGCCCUGUCCACGUCAUGGGUAGAAGGCAACGGCAAGUUCGGCGGGUCCAUGGAGUGUUUUUUGUUUGCACUGCAGCCUGCCUUCAGAGUGUGCAAGAGCUCUACCCGCACUGGCAACUACGUGUAUUUCAACUUGCGGAACAAGCACUAUCCUCGAGGGCUCGGCUUCGGCGGACGGCUGGGAUUCUGCAGGCUCUGGCUGGAUGCGGACUUUGAAGACUGUUAUGUUCUUGAGUCUGAUGCGACUUAUGCACCUGGAAGGCUGCUGGCCUCACAGGGCGGUCUUCAAACCCGGUUCGACGUCAUCAGCGUAGAAGUAUGGGGAUGCGGAGGGCUGGAGGCGGCCAAAGCGCAAGCUGCACAGCGUGAGCGCUUGGAAUCUGCAAGAGAGCAGGCGCGCAAGGUGGACAAAUCCCGGCUUUGUGAGAGCGAGUUCGAUAAGGAGAUGCCGGGCACCCACGAACUGUGGAACGCCAGCGCUCCUUCCCGGAACAAGGGAAGCCUCUGUCGAGUGAAGAUCGCGGACCUGGCCAAGCUCUUCAAGUCAUGCAUCCUCUGCACCUGCAAGGUGCCUUUGCCGGAGCCAAGAUCACUGCACACGCUGUAUGCAUUCUAUGUGUUCUCCCAUCAGGAUGCACCUGAGAGGACACUCGGCCAGCCAAUGAUGAGAUUCCACAAUCUCAUGUUCACAGCCACCAGUGGAGCUGACGCAGAGAAGGCAAGAGGCUACGCCGGUGUGCAGCUGAGCAUCCUUCCAUAUCGCAGCUUCUGGAAGCUGAUACAGCCGGACAAGUUCUGCUCCAACAUGGAAGAUGUUCAAGCCGGACGUGCCAAAGAAGCCAACAAGCUGUUAACACAGAAGCCCAUCGGAAGUUCUGAUGACGACGUGAACCUGUACUCCCAUACAAUUAACUUCGAGACGGCCACUGACCUGCCGUUGAGAGUGAACUCCACUGGGGUUUACAUCCUCGUUUUCUCGAACUGCGGCGACUUCAAAGAUGGGGAGGUGAGCGGCAGUGUCAUCGCCAAGAAUUCAUAUGGGUUUCUACCUGGCAAUGAGUACUACAAGAUGCCAUUCUACGGAUGGCUUUCGAUAGCCUACUGCGCACUGGCCAGCGUUUGGAUGUGCCUGUCGCUACGGUACUGGCGAGAGCUGUUUCACAUCCAGUACUGCAUUGCAGCAGUCAUCCUCUUGGGUUUGGUCGAGGCCUUCCUCCAGUGGAGAUUCUUUAUGGACUGGAAUGAGUCAGGCCUCCGCGGCAGGUUCUUAUUCGUCCUGGCCAUUCUCGCCACAGUUGUGAAGUCAAUCUUCUCCUACAUGCUUGUGCUCGUGGCGUCUUUGGGAUGGGGCGUGACGCGCCCGUACCUGGAUCAAGCGACCAUUCUCAAGGUGCAGGGACUUUCGUUCCUGUACAUCGUUCUGGACUUUGUCCGCGAGUCAGCUUUGUCUUUCAGGAACAGCCACUCACUCUCAAUAACCUUUGUGAUGCUGUGCUUGCUGCCAGUUGCCCUACUGAAUGGCAUCAUCUUCUAUUGGAUUUUCACAGCGCUGUCUUCUCUGAUCGAGAUACUUGCAGAGCGCAAGCAGGUAGAGAAGCUGAUACUCUUUCAGCGCUUGUGGAAGAUCCUGGUAGCAGCUUUGAGCCUGGCCUCCUUGAGCUUGCUCUACCAGCUCUUCGAUUUAUCCCGCAGCAUCAGCCAAAGAUGGCACUACCAAUGGUUCUUUGCAGAUGGCGUCUCCCACAUCCUCUUCUGCAUGGUACUUGCAGCCAUCAUGUUCCUAUGGGCACCACACACAAACAGCCAAAGAUAUGCUUACAAGCAGGUGGACGACCAGGAGGGUGAGUCCUCCAAGAUCACAGACAGCAAAGACGUCUGGGCGGACGAGGGUGGCCUCGAUGAGGAGGAGGAUGACUCCUUUUGGGCAUCGACGCACAAAUCGUCAAACGUCAAGGCGGACAUCCUCGGCGGUCCAACGCAGGCCGCCGAUGGAGACAAUGAUUAA